UGUGCCCGAGUGGUUAAGGGGAGUGAUUAGAAAUCACUUGGCUUCGGCCGCAUAGGUUCGAGUCCUAUCGCUGACGGUUAUUUUUUCCCCCAUUCUCUACUCUACACCUUAUGCCCGGCUUAUAUAGAAUACUAGUUAGCUUCUUCAAUAUGCCUGUCAAACUUACCAGCGUGUAAAUGAGUUUGUGCUGAUAUUUCCGUGCCUCCUCCGCACUCGUGUCUAGUCAGGAUCCUACCAUCAUAACUGUCCAACAACCAUACAGCCGGUAUGUCACUGCAGUGGCCCUGGCACUUUGCGCUUGUUUCCCCAGCCGAGCAGCAGCAUCGCCGUGAGCUUCUUGAUCUUCGGGGAUACUACGCUCAACUUUCUGUUGUCAUUACCUUGGUCGCAUUCAGAUGCUAUAAGAGCUCUGUUUCGCACGCGCAGUAUGCAAGUGAUCCUCGGCGAGCACGCAAAUCAUGGUGGGAAUCCGCCCCUUUUCGCGGCUGGUCGGAGACUCGAGGACAAUAUGUUGUCUGUUUGACCUGGCUUGGUUGGCUUUUGGGACUCUCUAUGUGGAGGAGUGGUGAUGAUUAUCUCCACCUAACCAAAGCGCUGGGCCAUGUUGCGGUCUCGCAGCUGCCGUUCCAGGUGUUGAUGUCUCCGAUCUGGUAUAUAUCCGUAUCCAGGCCGACAUCACCGUCCGUCGUGUCGAUCUUUACAGCCAUCCCGCAAUCCGCCUUGACGCGUUUCCACCGUCUCUUUGGCCGAGUAGUCCUCUCACCUUUAUUGAUCGCGCAUGCCACUCUGUACUUGUCAUUCUUCGGGCAAUCACCUCACCCGGAUUUCAGCUCCUUGCUGGCCAAACGUAUACGCGAUUUGGAUGUCCAGUGGGGAUUGUGCGGAAUUGUCAUCACGAUCUUCAUCCUUGUCCUUGCACGGCCCCUGGGAUCGACCAGUGGACUGUGGGCCAUGAAAACAGCAUCGAUACACAUGAGACGACGAGUGUUUUAUAUUGCGCAUGUUCUGCUGGUCGCAGCUUUGUGUGUUGCAGCGUAUUGCCAUGUUGCCCAGGCGCAAACAUAUGUUCUCCAGACACUGGGGGCUUUUGCACUUAAUAUAGCUUGCUGUUGGAUAAUCGCUCCUAAUAGAAUCGGUACUGAUUUCUGCAAUGAAAAAGAUCCGAUCACCAGGACCACUGCAAACUUUCGUACUAUCUACUCCGUACCUAGUACUGAUGUAAAGUUAAGGCACUUUAUGGCACCUAAAGGGUAUAGUACGCGGGCAAAGGUUUCCGCCAAUCACGAUAAACGUGGUUCCUGAUAUUCUCAUUCGGAAAUCACUUGCAGAGUCCCUAUUCAGAUUAUUCUCAAGCAUGAGAAAUGAAUGCACGGAAAUUAGCAACGGCCACUGGAGGAACGAACAUGUCCUCUUAGGGUGCUAAUAGUAGUUCAUUCCUUUGAGCCAGCCUUCCAAGUUUGAGCACCUGCACCAUUCGAUCCUUGGCACAUCAAACUCUGGUCGGCG